UUACUGACAUUUUCUAUUUUCUUCCAUAAUUAUAUAUAGAGAGAGAGGGGCGUAUCAUUAUACAUGGAAAAAACCAGGAGCUCAUGAUAUAUGUUUGGCUUCAUAUAUAAAAACAGAAGCUUUUAACCUCUUUCGCUUCGACAAAAAGCAAAGCCCACAAAGAGCUUCUCACUGUUUCUGCAUCUGCAUCUGCAUCAGAUAUUUCAAGACCCUCCAAGUUUAUAGUCUCUGUGGAUCGAAGGCAAAAAUAUUUUACCCUUUGUUGUAAGAAGAAGAUCGAUCGCAUAUAUAUAUAUAUAUAUCUAUUGUUUCAGCGAGGGAAUUGAUCGUUUGUGAGUUCGGGGUCUCGAUUCUUUUGCUGAGGAAGAAGAAGAUGGGUUCGGAGCUUAAGCAUAUGUUGAAGAGCCUUUGUUGCAGCCAUGGAUGGUCUUAUGCUGUUUUUUGGCGCUAUGAUCAUAUAAAUUCCAUGUUAUUAACAAUGGGGGAUGCUUACCACGAUGAACAAUUUCGCACAGCUGUUGAUGAUAUGCUUCUGCAGGUUCAUAUAUUUGGCGAAGGAAUCAUAGGAGAGGCAGCUUUAACCGGAAACCACCGCUGGAUGUCCCGUGACACAGCUGACGACAUUUUCCAGGUUGAAAAUGAAUUGCAGACUGUUCUUGUGGUUCCUGUUGGAUCUCGAGGCGUUGCUCAGUUUGGAUCCACUAGGAAGAUUCAGGAGAGCCCUGAGAUAUUGGAAGAAACGACAACAGCGUUAGAGCUGGCGAUGGAUCACGUUUCAGCAGCAUCUCCUCCCCGUUCAUCAGACCUUGAAACCCUCGAUCUUGAUUCUUUAUUCGCCUCUUUGGUACCUCUGAGAAGCCCUGAUAUGCAUGACCAAUCUCUUCAUGGACUCAGCUUUGAUGAUAUCUUUACCGCUAAUCCUUGUUCUUUGCCCAGUCCUGAGCCUUCAUCUCUCACUUCCGAGGUAUCUAAGACUGUCCGAGACACAGGAGAUUCAAAUAACUCAUGUGAAGAGUUUGGGUUCGACAUUCUGAACUCUUACUCGUUGGAUGAUCUUUGCCAACUUCUCGCUGAGUCUCCUGAACAGAACGGUCCCUUAAACAGCGACUCAGUGUCUCCAGGCUCUUUACUUGAAGACAAGAAUUGCUCAGGCGAUCAUCAGGAGACAUCUGUGGUCAUCCAAGACAGCGAAAACGAUCUUUUUGAUGUUUUGGGAUUGAACUUCAAAGAUCCUUUCUCCAGCCAUGGCCAUGUCUCAGAGAAGAGAUCCGAGUUUGGGCAAGCACCUUUGGCUCGCCCUCCUAAGGGACUUUUCUCAGAGCUUGGAAUCGCUGAACUGAUAAGCAGCAGUUUCAGCAAUCCUUCCAGUUCAAUCACCGAUCAGACACAUUCUGAAGAUUUCUGUCUGAAUCCAACCAAAAGACGAAAACUUGAUACUUCAUCCGCCCAGAGUUCAAGUUUCUUUGCACAGAGCUGCAACGUAAUGUCUCAGAAAAUGAUGCGGAGCUCGGAGAAGACGAGUUUCUGUAACCCUUUAAACAAGUCAGAGACUUCUGUGAAGACGCAACCGGGUUUGUGGGUUGAUGACAGAUAUAGCUGCAACUUUGGUUGGAAUUCAAGUACAGGGUCGUCUAAGAAAGCAGAGGAAGGUGUGAAAAAGAAGAGAGCAAAGGCUGGAGAGAGUGGGAGACCGAGGCCAAAGGACCGUCAGAUGAUACAAGACAGAAUCAAGGAGCUGAGAGGGAUGAUUCCAAAUGGGGCAAAGUGUAGCAUCGAUGCGCUGCUUGAUCUGACAAUAAAACACAUGCUCUUCAUGCAAAGCAUAGCCAAGUACGCAGACAAACUCAAACAACCUUACGAGCCAAAGCUGAUCAACCAGAAAGGAUCGUCAGUUGAAGAACAACUAGCGGGAGACAGAAACGGAGCGACUUGGGCGUUUGAAGUUGGGGAUGAAUCAGUUGUCUGUCCGAUCAUAGUGGAGGACUUGAACCGGCCCGGCCAAAUGCUCAUUGAGAUGCUAUGUGAGGAAGAAGGCCGAUUCCUGGAGAUUGCCGAUGCAGUGAAAGGCUUCGGGUUGAACGUCCUGAAAGGAGUCAUGGAAAGACGAGACGGCAGAAUCUGGGCUCAUUUCAUUGUCGAGGCAAAAGGAGAGGUGACAAGGCUACAAGUGUUCUGGUCACUUGUUCAACUCUUACAGCAAGACAAGGGCUCCAUCACUGUCCCCGACCCAGCCCUCAACCUCUCCCACGCUUCAGAAUCCGUCUCCGUUCCUCUUAGCUUCGUCGGCUCGCUUCAAUAACACUUGUUUCUGAGUUAAGACCCGAAAUGUGAAGCGUGUUUAAUGAGCUCUA